GUCAUUAUCGGACUUAGCACCGCCCCAAAUGCACAAGGACAUUUAGACCAUUGGUGCCAAUAGGCUGCUACGUACGACGUCUGCAGGUGCCACGACGGAAGAUCCGACAAGUACGGACCAGCUCGGUGGAGGCGCGAUUCACAAGGGCUUCUUAAAUUCAGACUAGCCCCUUUUUCAGAGCCCCUAAAUUCUCGUCUUCGCACUGCUUUCUUCGUCUUUGCUUCCCCGCACCGAGCAACGUAGCCAACCUUCAACCAUGACAGCUCCUCUCCAAACCGAAUGGUGGGGUGCCAUCCCUCCAGCACCCCGACAUGCAAUCACGUUUCACAUGCCGCUUUGGAGCAACAUGCUUCGAUUCAGGGACAAAGAUCCUGAGAUCCUCAUGAAGUUCACGAGCAUGUACCCACGAAUGAUGCCACAUAAGGAUGUGAAAGAGCUCAUGGCCAAAAUCCUCUCAGUAGCAAAGACCGAUGGCCAAGCAUGCAUCCCCUUCACCACCGCCGUAUCUGCAUCCGAAUGCGUGAAAUUCGCAACCUCUCCAUCUCGCAAAGCAGAAGCGCUGUCACCUGACCAGCUCUCGAUUCGCAUCUUUGAUGUUGCGAACCUCGUGAGGCUGUACGUGGUCUUUCUCCCAGCGCAGGAGAACAUGGUUGCGUGGCCGUUUUGGAUGAAUGCUGGCGUUGGAAUUUCGUCAAGAUGGGCGGAGGAUUGCGUCAAGCACGGUGAGGGGCUGAGGGAGGCGACGGAGAGCGAGCCGGCGCCGGUGGUGGUGGAGUGCGAGGCGCAGGGGGUGUUGCGGGAGAGGAUUGCGGGGUUGAUGGAACGGGCCCCUGCUGGCCCGCCACGGAAGGCAAAGGUCACACCAGACGAUGUGUAUCUCUACCAGACAGGGAUGGCAUCUAUCUACUCAGUCCAUCAAUACCUUCUCUCAGUCUACAACGCCAAGUCCGUCCUCUUCGGAUUCGCAUUCCAUUCAACGCCACACGUUCUGGAAGAUUUUGGACCAGGCUUCAAAUUCCUCGGUAAUGGAACGCCCGAGGAAAUCGAUGAGCUAGAGCAGUAUCUGAAAGAAGAAGCCAAAGAAGGAAGGAAGAUCCAGGCCGUUUGGCUCGAGUUCCCAUCAAACCCCAACCUUUCAACACCAGAUAUCGGCAGGCUACGGAAACUAGCAGACGGCUAUGGCUUCCUCUUGCUCAUAGAUGACACGCUUGGAAGCUUCUGCAAUGUCGAUGUCCUUGAAGUCGCUGAUAUUGUUCUCACCUCACUUACGAAGUCGUUCUCUGGAUAUGCGGACGUCAUGGCUGCGAGCGCGGUGCUGAAUCCUUCUUCCGCGCGGUAUCCAGAGCUUAAGGCACUCUUCAAGAAGUUCUAUACCAACCAGUUCUACAACGGCGACGCCGAAGCGCUGGAGAAGAAUAGCAGGGAUUACAUGUCCAGAUCCGCGACUCUGAACAACAAUGCUUUGCGAUUAGUUGAGUUCUUGCAAACGCUUGCUGAAGAUCCCAAGAGCAGUGUAGCGAAAGUGUUUUAUCCCACUACGCUGCCGUCUCUCCCUUGCUACAAGGAGCGAAUGCGUUCAGCGACUGAGGACUUCACGCCUGGAUAUGGCUGUCUCUUCAGCGUCGAGCUGGACACUCUCGAAGCAACUGCAGCCUUCUACGAUAAUCUGAAUCUGCACAAGGGACCUCAUCUUGGUGCUCCUUUGACACUUAUCAUACCGUAUGUGAUGGCACUUUAUGGGAAGGAGUUGGACAAGAUGGCAGAUUAUGGGAUGAAUGAGAAGCAGAUUAGGGUUGCUGUGGGGUUGGAGAAUACGGAUACUUUGAUUGAGGAGUUUAGGAUUGCAAUUAAGGCGGCGGAUGGGGCGAAGAAGAAUACUUUUGUAUCUCUUACUUGAUAGAGGGGCAUGGGCGCAAUAGUUUGGGUGCGACAGACAUCCCCAGAUAUACCCAUCUUCCCAAGAUAAGCAAGCACCAGUGACUUUUCAAAACCUG